GCUACAGCAACGUCGGGCUCAAUGCCGACCAUCACCCUUUCAUACGCAACGUACGCCGCAGCAGCUUACAAUGAACAAACCGACGUCUACACCUUCAAGAACAUCCGCUUCGCCGCUCCCCCCACUGGUCCCCUCCGCUUCCAGCCUCCGCAGUCGCCGGUUGAUGAGACGAGCUUGGGUGUUCAGGAUGGAAGUGUGGGGAAUACAUGCUAUCAGUCUGAUCCGAUGUGGAUCGUGCUUGAGGAGAUAGCAUUGGCUUCGGCUGCUGCGGCUGCUGCUUCGUCCACGGGGGCGGCGACGAGUACCAGUAGUGCGGCGGCUGCUACCCCUACUCCUCCUCAGAGCGAGGACUGUCUCUUCUUGGAUGUCUAUAUUCCUGGCGGUACCGUUCGCUCCGGUGAUCUCUCCUCGGCGAACUUGCCCGUUAUGGUUUGGGUGUACGGAGGUGGAUACACCAAUGGCUACAAAGAUGAGUUCCCUGGUAACCUUCUCAUCAAUGCCGCCGACAAUCAACUCAUUUAUGUGGCCAUCAACUACCGUCUCGGUGCCUUCGGAUGGUUGGCCGGACCGACAUACCAGUCCAACGCAACUGCAAAUCUUGGACUAUAUGACCAGCGCGCGGCAUUCGAGUGGGUUCAGGAGUAUAUCGAGCUCUUCGGGGGCUCGAAGGAUGAUGUUACGGUAUUCGGAGAGUCAGCUGGUGGUGGAAGUUUGAUGCACCAACUUACGGCAUAUGGCUCCACCGACUCUCCUCCGUUCCAAAAGAUGAUACCCCAGAGUCCGGGAUGGGCACCACAGUACUCGCCCCGUUUGUUGGAGGCACAGUACCAGACACUCCAGGCUGCGGCAAAUUGUACUUCGCUGCAGUGUCUCAAGGAUGCUCCGGCUGAGGUGUUGGCUGCUGCGAGUAACGAAAUUGUCACGAAUGCGCCCUAUGGCUCUUUCGUGUUCGGGCCCGCUGUUGAUGGGACGUUUGUGCCUGCUUUGCCCGGGUAUCUCUUGUUGAUCGGUGCCUUCCCUAAGGAUGUGCAGGUGAUGAGUGGUCACAAUGCCGAUGAGGGCUAUCUCUUCACUCCGAAGAAUAUCUUGAACGAGACUGAUUUCGAGACGUUUGUGUACGGACUCACAAGUACCACCAAUCCCGCUGUGGUGGCCGAGAUUGCGGCACUUUACCCACCUCCAUCAAGCAGCACUCCUUACACCUCCAACUUCGAGCGCGCCUCGCUUGUCACCUCGGAGUUGGUCUUUACGUGCAACACACGCUACCUGGCUACAGCUUUCGGAAACAACACGUACAACUAUCUCUUCGAUGUUCCACCUGCACUUCAUGGACAGGAUAUUCAGUACACUUUCGGUGUUGGUGCCAACCAAACUGUGACAGCCGCCUUGGAGGGAUACUUGACUAGCUUCGCCAGGUUUGGCAAUCCGAGUGAGGGUAGGGCAGCGGGUACGCCGGAGUUCCCGGUUUAUGGCGAGGCGGCCAACCUGUUGGAGCUUGGGAUUGAUGGGUUCCCAGUGGUACCCGAUAGUAACGCGAACGCAAGGUGUGAGUUCUGGCAGAAGGCGUUGUAC